CGCUCUCGCGGAGGUGGCCAUGUUUCCUACCACCAGGAAGUGAGUGAGUGUUGCUCGAGCCCAGCAGCUAUGGCAGCCGAUGAGAGGGACUACAACCUGACGGAGGAGCAGAAGGCUAUCAAAGCCAAAUACCCACCGCUCAAUAAGAAAUACGAAUAUUUGGAUCACACAGCAGAUGUGCAGCUACAUGCCUGGGGAGACACUUUGGAAGAAGCAUUUGAGCAGUGCGUUAUGGCCAUGUUUGGCUACAUGACUGACACAGAGACCGUGGAACCUGUGGAUACCGUAGAGGUAGAGGCAGAAGGACAUGACAUGUUGUCUCUUCUCUUCCACUUCUUGGAUGAGUGGCUGUAUAAAUUCAGUGCUAAUGAGUUCUUUAUACCCAGGGAGGUGAAAGUGCUUUACAUUGACCGAAUGCAAUUCAAAAUAAGAUCAAUUGGGUGGGGAGAAGAGUUCUCUUUACCCAAACACCCUCAGGGCACAGAGGUCAAAGCCAUAACUUACUCGGCAAUGCAGAUCUGUGAAGACGAAAAGCCAGAAGUCUUUGUCAUCAUUGAUAUUUAAAGGAAGAAAAGUGUGAUCAAGUGGAUACUUGUCAUUAGCUGGCAAAAGUCCCUUGAAAACUGUAAUCCCUGUGGAAGUAACUAAGGAAUUGGCCAAUUCAAGUCAUAAAUUGAAGGGAGUGAUUGCGGGGAAUGUCAGCCUCUGUUCUGACUUGAGGGUGGUGAGACAGAGAAAUACCUGCAUGCCAGGAAAAAAAGAACUAGUUGGGGUUUGGGGAAUGCUGAGAGGAAGAAAGAGUGUUGUAGGGGUUGAAAGUCUCUCAGAAAUGCUAGUGGUCAGCUUUUACGGCUGAUAGAUGUGUUAGGUGCUGAACUAAACAGACAAAUUAGUGGAGCUGCUAGCUAAAAAUACUACUUUUUUUGUAGGAUGGCAGGAGGUAAUGUUAAUCUACAUGAUUUCAUUUGCAGAUUUAAGUGUUCUAAUUCUGAGGUGACAUCCCUCCUCCGUAUUAUAUACAGGGUCCAAAAUAUCUGUAGUGGGUUGGAUUUAAUGUAGAAUCAUUUCUGUUCAAAGGACAUUAAGAAAGUAUACCAAUUAAAAAACCAAACCACCACACCUUCUAGACUACUUUAAAGAAACAAAAAGACCAUGCCAGCAGGUGGUGCUGAACUGCUGUAAAUAAAUUUCCACAUGAAAUCCUAAAGCAUGUGACCAUGUACAUGGAAUCCUAAUAGCACCUAUUAUCACCCUAAAAAGUAGGCAGUUUUGCUGCCGCCGUAGAAGAGGAUGCACCAGGUUCUCUGCGGGUUCACUCCCAACUAUGUCUUGCGAAAGCUGAUUCUGUUCUUUCAGGAAAAGACGAUUUUGAUCAGCUGCUUUGUCUUCCUUUAGAAAGGACAAUUCAUUCAUGUCAAAGGAUUAUGGACUUCAGUUCACUGAAUCAGAAUUAAUAAAAAAUAAUCAAAAAUGUGGGGUUUUUAAAAUCACAGGACAGCAAAUGUGCGUUACCGGCCACUGCUAUUUAAAUGUGAGAGGGGCACAGGGAGUACGGGACCCUCGGUGCUGGCCUGAGCGGCUUUUUUUACUGUAAACGCUGCAAGUGCCUCAGCUCUGGAGGUAGUGUCUCAUCUGUAAUUUGUGGUAAAGUCAUCUUAAAUGGAUCUGGUUUUGUUUCCAUAUUGUGAAGAUUGAGGGAUAAAAUCCCUUUUAUUUUUUGAGAAAGCUUCAACGCCGAAA